GCCCUACGAUUGCUUCGACGAGGACGGUGGCUGGACGAGGACGAAGGCUUCGAAGUCGAGAACCACUGCUCCACCUGGACCACCUCCACUGACCACUGCUCCACCUCCGCUGCUCCGCACUCGCCUGACGGCUGCUCCACCGGACCACCAGUCCACUGCCGUCUACGACUCUGCGGUCUGCCUCUACGCGACUACAGUACUACACUUCUACUCCUCUGACCUCUAGCAGUCUAGCCUCUACUCACGGCUCACCAGGGAACAACAGGAGUUACUUCCAAUAAAAACUCUUUCCACUUGCACUCUAAGUUCUCAUAGCCAACAAGGCAACAACUGCCACUUUCUCCUAGUCUCCGGCAUUGUUUGCAAAGAUUGAACUUCUCUCUGAUCAAAGUGAAUAAGUAAUGUUCUACCUGAGUGAAAUUGAGCAUACUUUGAGAUUACCCCCGCAUCUCCUCAAUCUUGCACUUAAUGAAGCUAUCAAGGGAGAGCUCGAGGGUCUCUUUGUAGACAAGGUUAUUGCACAGUUAGGGCUUUGUAUAUCUGUAUAUGAUAUUCGUUCCAUUGAUGGUGGUUUUAUUUUCCCAGGAGAUGGCGCCUCUACAUAUACGGUGAAAUUCAGAUUGAUAAUCUUUCGCCCGUUUAGGGGAGAGGUCAUAGCAGCAAGGCUAAAAGAAUCCAAUGCACAGGGUUUACGCUUAUCACUUGGAUUUUUUGAUGACAUCUAUGUACCAGCUGUUUUGAUGCCGAAUCCUUCACAUUCUGAGCCUGAUCCUGAAAGCAGGAACCAGGUCAGGUGGAUAUGGGAGUAUGAAGGAGAAAAAUAUCCUAUAGAUGGUACAGAUGAGAUUAGAUUCCGAGUUCUCGAAAUUAGCUAUCCAUCAUUACCUUUAAAUCAAGAUAAAGAUGCAAAGCCAUUUGCUCCUAUGUUGAUCACGGGAUCACUUGAUGCGGAUGGUUUGGGUCCCGUUUCAUGGUGGGUGUGAAGUAACGGACACAGGAAAGGUGUUUUGAGAGGAUUGAUUGAUGAUCUCAGAACUUUUCCUUUAAAUGUGUGUUUGGAAAGCAGGAAAAUGAUUUCUGGAAAAUAGUUUGAUUUCUAGUGUUUGGUUGCAUUCUGGAAAA